AAUUAAAGGACUGAAAGAGAAAUAGUUAUAUCAAUAAACCCUACCCUCAUCAACCAACGGCCGCCGUUUUCUCUUCUUCGCCUCCGCUUCCCGUCGGCGUCUCCGCCUUCAUUUUCCUAUUUUUCCAGCCACGUCGUCUUCUCGCACAGGCCGAGCCUUUUCCGAGACUAUCAGAUAUGCUGCGUUGGAAACCACGACGGUGUCCGGCUACGGAUUUAGUAAUAUUUUGAAUUCAGAGGUUUUUGGAAUUAGGGUUUUUAAGUAGUAGCACUGUUUUGCGCAGAAAACAGUUUAGGGAGCCAUGGGCAAAUCCAGAGGAAAGAAAAGAGAAACAGUGCUAUCUGAAGAAGUAUCCGAAGCAAAAAUAGAAGGGGGAGCAAGCGAAACAUUGGAUGUGAAAAUCAAAGUUAUUUCUGAGACUGCGGAAAACAAAACCGCUCCUGUACUUGGUUACUUUCCGUCUGGUUACGAUCCGCUGAAGAAUUCGACAAGGUCAAGUUCUAGUGUAAAGAUUUACAGGAAUGUGAAAUCUCGGAAUCCGAAGAACCCCAGGAUGCAGGUGGCGGUUGGAGUGAAAGGGUCCAAUGUGAAUUUUGUCGGAACUAACUAUACCGGUGAGGCUACGGUGCCACAAUUAUGUAAUUAUGCUCUUGGAGUGUUUGAUAAAGAGUCACGAACUUUGAAAAUGGUUCCCAUUGCCGCGAAUAGGAUUUUUCGAUUGGAACCGAAACUGGAAGAACAGGAGCCGUCUGAGGAUGAGGGUGGGGAUGAACCUAAGGAAGAAAUCAUGGUGGAGAGUUCUAAUAAUCAGUUUAAAAAUUUGACUGUAUUGUAUUCAACAAAGAAGGAUCUCAGAAGGGAUAUGAAGCGAGAAAUCCUGCGACAAACAGAAGGUCCACCGGGAACUCAAGAAGAGAUGGACAAGAAGUUAAAAGCAAUCGAGAUAAACAAGGAGGCACUUGAAGCUAUUAAUUCUACAGUGAAUGCUGAAAAUGUUCCACCUUAUAAUCUGGAUGCUACUUCACCAGAUAUGGCAUAUCCACUCGACCAAAUAAUUUUGAAAGGAGAUUGGGAUUACCUUCUGGAUGUUUUUGAGCUUGCUGAAGCUGGAACUGGAAUGGAUCCUAGUGCCUACCCGUCUUUUGUAUGCAACCGAUUUGAUAAAUUGCAUGAUGUUGAGGAUGAGUCAAAGAGAAUGCAAGUCGCCAGCAUAUUGUCCUACAUGACUCAUCUCAUCAAGUUCAGGGAUAAACAUUCUAUGGAUGGUGUAUCGUCUGCAAAGGGCCACAAAAUGCCUAGUCUCUUGUACCAGAAGUUCGCCUCAAUGUUUAACGUCACAAGCAAAUCAAGAAUUCCAGAAGAUAAGCAAAAGCUUCUCAUCAGCUACAUUUUGGUGCUCACUCUGUUUAUUGAUGACUUCAAGACUGAGCCUUCAGAUAUAGCCAAGGAUCUUCGGAUGGAUACCUUAACGGUAAGAACACAUUAUGAGUACUUAGGCUGCAAGUUUAUGCGACAUAAUCAAGUCUUCAUGGCAACCCUUCCAGUCCCACUACAAUUUCAGACACUUAAAAGAAAGAGGAGAAGAAAGUAAGUGGCACGCCUAUGAUCCCUUUAUCUUUCUCCAUUUUUCAUUUACUAUCGAGCACUAAUUAGAUUGUGAAAACUUGCCUGUAGUAGAUUGUGAAAACUUGCCUGUAGCCUUUGUGCUUUGCUAUAUUUUUGUUCUCAGUUUUGGAAUUUUGAAACAAGAUCUUAUUCAUGAUUUUGCAAUAUAUAUACAAACGUAUUGAGCCAUUCUAAAUUCUUGAUUUGUGUUGACGCAAU